CUGUACUGGUUUUAGUUUAUUUUAAAUAAUUAACUCAUAUUUAUACAAAAAUUAUUUAAAUUUUUUCAACUCUUACAAAAAAAUUUUUAAAUAAGAAAACUAUGAUCUCCGUAAAUGUACGAACGUUCUGAAACAGUAUACAGUGAUAUCAAAUAAAUUCGUCGUCGUUGCAAUCAAAUGACCAUCGUCAUCGUUACCGCCGCGGCACGCAGACAACUCCACCCGGAACAAUAAUACAACAAUGACCGACGGGUUCCGGACAGAAUGCAGCGUGAACGGUGCCGGCGAUCGCCAUCACUGGCCGAUCGCUUUCGGGGCCUCGCGCCGACCGAAUAAAAAGUUUAUGACGGUCCGGAGGCCCGUUGGACGAGUCGGCGAAGGACCGGAUUUCCGGAAACCGGGCAAUGGGAUGCUGCAGUUGUCGUCGUCGUCGUCGCCGUCGUCAUCGCCAUUGUCACCGUCGCCAUCACAGACGCAUUCGUCCACAUCGUCAUCCACUCCGUCGACACAACAAUGCUACUACGAGCCGUUCCGUCGUCCCAACCCCAACAACGUCGAAACCUGUGAGGCCAUCGAAUGGGAAGUCAUGUCCAAACACUUUGCCAGAUUGCCACCAUUUAUCAAAGAGAAAAAUGCGAAACAGUUCAACGGCGGAUAUCCACAAACGAAUAUACCACAACAUCAUCAUUUACAGUAUUACAGCGAUCUGCACAAAUUACACCAGGUGGCAUAUGCUACCAGGAACACUAACGCUAGGAAACCAGUGGCGCCGGCUUCAGCUCAUCAGCCGUGCUGCAAACCGUGGCAAUGGAGCCCAUAUGGAGGACCUGCCGGGACGUUUAUGAACGCGUAUUACCUGUCGGAGCCACAGAGGUACGACAAUCACGCUAAGAACGUUAUCUUGGAAGAUUCAUUAGUGCAAGUGGAUGAAACAGACAAACUGUCGUCGGAAGUCUGGCACACAUACUUGGACAACCGUCAGUCCGAGGGCGUUUACGAAACAAAGAUGGCCAUGUGGCGUAGGCUGUCAACGCUGAUCAAAAGCUGGGCGCCCGGCUGCGGCCUGUAUUUGGUCGGGUCCACGAUGAACGGUUUCGGUGGCGACGUUAGCGACGCGGACUUUUGCCUGCUUACCGGCUGCACGGCGGCCGCGGGGGUCAACGCUGGCGUCCGUCAACACCGAACCGUGACUGAGGAACGUCACCGAAUAUGUGCCGUCGAACGGCUCCAGUGGCUGAUGGGAUUGCUCAACCACGAGCGUAUCAACGGAAAGGUCGGUACUGCGGAAAUGCGUAUCGUGUACGCCAAGGUACCCAUACUCAGGUUUCGGUGGAUCGGCUCCGGCGACGACAAGAUGGACGUGGACUUUUGCUGUAACAACGUGGUGGGCAUCCGUAACACCCAUCUGCUGUAUUGCUAUUCGAGGCUUGAUUACCGGGUAAGGCCAUUGGUAGUGACAAUUAAACUGUGGGCGUCCAGUCACAACAUCAACGAUCCGAAAAAAAUGACGCUAUCCAGUUACUCGCUAGUGCUGAUGGUUAUCAAUUUCUUGCAAAGCGUUGAACCACCCGUAUUACCGUCGCUGCAGUGCAUAUACGGCAUGAAGUUCUCGGCCAACACCGACAUCGAAUUCGUGCACAUGCACGAACAGUUGCCUAGUAGUGGUUGGAGAAGUGACAACAAACAGAGCCUUGGAGAGUUGCUUUUGCAGUUUUUUAAAUACUACAACGAUUUCAAUUUUUAUAAACACGCGGUGUCUGUAAGAAUGGGAUCACCGAUACCACUAGAAAGCUGUCGGAUGGCCGACGCGGCAAAAAACAAUCCGGGACAAUGGAAAUUCAUAGGGAUCGAAGAACCUUUUGAAAAAACGAACACAGCACGGUCUGUAAAUAACCAUAAUGUAUUUGCUCAAAUCAAAGAUGCCAUAAGUAAUACUUACAAUCGGUUAGAAGAAACGAUGUCAUUGGAUUCAAUAUUUUGUUAGUUUGUAAAAUAACAAGACUGAAAAAAAAAUCAUAAAACCACAAAACUAUAAAAUUAUAAGAAAAAAAUAUUUAUAAAAACGACAAGAAAACUGUGUGGCUUUCGUCUGACGAUAUUUAUAUAGCGUAUUAAUUACGAAAGAAAAACUUGGAAAAACCGUGUGAUAAAAAAAAAAAAACUACAAAAAGUAUAUAUAAAAAAAAAAAAAUUCUUAGUGGAUGCAAAAAUUCAGUAAAAAAAAAAAUUGUUCGAAUUUAUAGCGUUUAAGUAUCAUUAUAUUAUAUAUUGUUGAAUUUAUAUUUAAAGAAAAACUACCGCAUGCACGACAUCUGUCGAAUAUAUCUAUAACUUUUUAAUUUGUUACUAUUCUUAUAUAUAUAUAUAUUACUUAUAAUAUUAUUAUGAAAAUUAAAUAUGUGCUCUUAUAUAAUUACUAUAGGUACUGAAAAAUAUUUGCUAGCGCGAUACUGCACUGUUUAGUUAAAUUUAUCACUGUGUUGACUACGAUGUAUUUUGAAUUAUACGUAUAGAUUCUAAAAUAA